AUGCUCUCGCUCCUGCUGGCCCUUCUUCUGUCCCCCACUGGGGAGGCAGGGAAAAUCACUGGGGGCCAUGAGGCCAAGCCUCACUCUCAUCCCUACAUGGUGUUUCUUGAGUACCAUGUUUCAGAGAAAAGUUUCAUGUGUGGGGGUCUCCUUGUGCGUGAGGACUUCAUGCUGACAGCAGCUCACUGCUGGGGAAGUCCCGCCCUGUCCCAAGCUGUGCUCUUUCCUUACGGCUCCUGGCCUGUAUUUCCUGUGACUCCACCUCCCUCUCUGCUCUCGGUGCAGCUCAAUCAACGUCCCCUGAGGGACCACAACAUCUACCAGCAGGAGAGGACCCAGCAGGUCAUCCCAGUGAGAAGAGCCAUCCCCCCCCGAGGCUAUGAUCAUAAUAAGUGGGUCAACGCUAUCAUGUUACUGCAGUACGACCCCUUCAGUUGUCCCAGGGAACUGAGGAGGAAGGCCUACCUGACCGCUGCUGUGAGCCCCAUCAGGCUGCCCUGGAGGAGGGAGCUGGUGAAGCCAGGGAUGGUGUGCAGUGUGGCCGGCUGGGGGCACCUGGGCGUGAACAAUCCCGUGGCGGAGAAACUGCAGGAGGGCAUUGUCUCCUUUGGAGAAGAGAAUGGGACGCCUCCAAAUGUCUACACCAGAGUCUCGAGCUUUCUGUACUGGAUCCAAAAAACAAUGAGCUACUGCAAACUGCAGGGAGCAGAUUGA